UUCUCUUACCUCCCGUGGGACACUAGGCCGAAAAUUUCGCUUGGAGGUGUGUCUCAAUAACGCAUUUUCAUUGGUCGCAAUACGAAACUGUAUUGCGAUGUGUAGCUUUAAUUACCCAAUCAAAAUCAUUGUUGCAACCCGUAUGUCGGGAAGGAUUUGCAAACAAUAUGGAGACGUUCGAGGCGAAAGUGAAAGAAGUUUUUCAAAUAAACGAUCUAAAAGACUUUCAAAGAGAGUCUUUGGCAGCGCUGUUGAAGAAAAGAGACGUUUUUCUGUCUAUCAAAACCGGAGGUGGGAAAAGUAUUUGCUACCAGGGCUUUCACACGGCAUAUAACGCUAGUUUUGACGACAACAAUCCGAUCUCAGUUUUGGUCGUCACACCUCACCUUUCCAUUAUGCAUGAACAGUGCAAUUCAUUGAAUAGUUUAGGAUUUCUUUCAGCAUUUAUUGGUGGUGAAAGCGACGAUUCCAUAUUAAGAAAUGAAAUGCAAUUCAUUUUCACCUCACCUGAAAGUGUGCUAAAUGGAAAGUGGAGAGAUUGGGUGACAAACAAUUCAACCAUUAGAUUAAUAGCUGUAGAUGAAGCCCACACAGUGUUACAUUGGGGAGAGUCUGCGAGCGAGGAAGACCCUUUCAGACGUUGGUAUGGUCGAUUAGGGGAAUUGCGAAGCCUUGUGGAAUGUCCUGUAAUUUUGAUGACUGCCACAGCAAAUUCAGCUGCCAGGAAAGCCUUACAGAGAAAAUUUUGUAUGACAGACUGUUUAGAAAUUAUAGAGAACCCAGACAGGAACAAUAUUAAAUUAUUUUUACAGUGUGUAAAAUACAACACUCCACUAGAGAAUACAUUCUUCUUUCUAAUUCUGAUGUUAAAAGAAAAAAGAGAGCUCUGUGACAGGUAG